UGUCGAGCCGUCCACUGAUCCCCAUGCGCCACCCCUGAGAUUGAGCCAUCUGCCAAGCUCCAGCGAACACUCCGCAAACCACGACUCAGCCAGCCCUCACUCUCCACGACGCCAGCUCGUCCACGCCUCGGACCGCCUCUGCAGGUACCCGCCGUCCGAACCAUUACGCCGCCCAGGCUGCUGCAUCCGCCAUGUCGGGCUUCUUGGGAUUCCUGAAGACAAUCCUCGUGCCCGCCCUCGUCUCGCUCAUCGUCUACCUUCUCCUCACGCACCUCGUCCUGCCCUUUGUGCGCCGCCACAGACACCGCUACAACCAAUACCUACCUGUUCAAGGCGGGCUAGAUUCGAUCUCCUCCGGCACAUCUUCACUACGGCAACGGGCUUCGGACGCUCUAUACGCCUUCUUCGUCCCCUCGAGCUGGCGGCGAAGACACGCUGUGGUGGACGGCUCUUACGCCAGUGAUAAUCAUGAGGACGAACUAUUUGACGACGAAGAGGGCGAAGGCAUGGUCGGCUUUGACAUUGACGAAAGACGGCGGGAAGCGCUAGAGCGGCGGAGGAGCGGUGUUGGCGAGGAAGACCGACGGCUAAGUCGGGAUCUGGAAGAGGGCUUCAAAGACGACAGCGACGAUGAGGGAGACACGACACCUAGGAACUCGCGGUGAUCACGGUGGCAUAAAAGUGGCGAGCGACGCAUAUACCCCUCUUGGUACAUAAAAUUGUCAAGCAUAGCAUUUGGAUUGAGUUUGCGUUACAUUCAAGGUAUUUGCUAGAACCAUGACCCUCCAUAUUGAGAAAACCCGUUGUUCAACCUGAAGAACACCACUUUCACUUACAGCCCAAAACUAAAUGCUAGAAACUCGUCUAC